CCUCCCUAUAAAAUCCACACGUACGCCCGCUGCUGCUACUCGGACACAAGUCUCGAUCGACCCGUCUGCCGCGAGCAUCAUUGACGCGUCGAUCCAGCCCACGUUUGUUUGGUAAUCCCGGGCGCGCGGCAUUGAUGGGUUCCUCCCAGGCGCUUGCUCUGUGGGUGGUGAUCACGCACCUCCUCUCCCUUGGCGGCGGCUUCGUCAGCUGCGCCAAGCCGAGCUUCUGGCCGAGCUCCGCGACGCACGACGACGCCGGCUGCCUCAGCUGGCGCGUCAUGGUGGAGGCCAACAACGCGAGGGGCUGGCGCACGGUGCCGGCGCCCUGCGUCGGCUACGUCAAGGCCUACAUGACCCGGGGCCAGUACGGCAGGGACCUGGACAGCGUCAUGGAGCAGGUGUCCGCCUACGUCGACCAGAUCGCCGCCGCCGCCGACGGCCUCGACGCCUGGAUCUUCGACAUCGACGACACCUGCCUCUCCAACCUGCUCUACUACCAGGCCAAGCGCUUCGGGGCGUACGAUCCCAUGGCCUUCAAGAAGUGGGCUAGCCAAGGGGCCUGCCCGGGGAUACCUCCGGUCCUUGGGCUGUUCGCGGCGCUGCAGGACAAGGGAUUCAAGGUCUUCCUUCUCUCCGGGAGGGACGAGGAGACUCUGGGCUCCUGCACGUCCCAGAAUCUAGAGUCGGAGGGGUUCUCAGGGUACGAGAGGCUCAUGAUGAGAACUCCCGAGUACCGAGGGCAGAGCUCGUCGCUGUUCAAGUCGGCGAUGAGGAAGCAGCUGGUGGACGAGGGAUACAGGAUCCGCGGCAACCUCGGGGAUCAGUGGAGCGACCUGCAGGGCGAAAACGUCGGCGACCGCGUGUUCAAGAUACCAAACCCCAUGUACUUCGUCCCGUGAAAACACAUGGGUCGCCGGCGGCCGGCUGCCGGUGUGCUCGCUGGCCUGCCUGCCUGAUCGACUAAUUCGUAGGCCGUGUAAACAACGGCCGAUAUGCGGCAAAACAAGCAUAGUACUCCCUCCGUAAACUAAUAUAAGAAUGUUUAGAAUACUAAAAUAGUGAUCUAAACGCUCUUAUAUUAGUUUACAGAGGGAGUAGAACGUAAAUCAAACACUCGAAUUGAAGACACAUUUUCCUGUCAUUAAUUUUCGUGAUA